GGGGGAAGAGUGAGCAGGUUGCAACGAGCGGAAGUGAAGCGGUCGCCAUUGUUGUGUCGUGGCUUUGACGGCGCUGAGGUGAUUGUAAGCAGCAAAAAAAGGAGAUAACCGACUCGGUCCGAUCUGCAGAUAAAGUCCCGGCGUUGAGCCCCGCUCUCGUCCCGCUUACACUUCCCGAUUCCGUAAGACUCGGAUAUGACCUCCUUUUUUGAAUGGAUUUAUAAUGGUUUCACUAAUAGCUUCUGUAGUGCACUUCAAUUUCUAGGAUUGUACAAGAAAUCAGGAAAAUUAGUAUUUCUAGGACUGGACAAUGCUGGAAAGACUACUCUGUUGCACAUGCUCAAAGACGAUAGACUGGCACAACAUGUGCCAACGCUACAUCCAACCUCAGAAGAGCUGACAAUCGCCGGGAUGACUUUUACUACUUUUGAUCUAGGUGGCCAUACACAAGCCCGCAGAGUCUGGAAAAACUACCUCCCGGCUAUCAAUGCUAUUGUCUUCCUGGUUGACUGCGCAGACUGUGAGCGUCUGGCAGAAUCUAAAGCAGAGCUUGAUGCACUAAUGACUGAUGAAACCGUUGGAAAUGUGCCUAUUCUUAUCCUUGGUAACAAAAUUGACCGACCUGAGGCAAUCAGCGAAGAGAAGUUUCGAGAGCUGUUUGGGUUAUAUGGACAAACAACAGGAAAGGGAAAUAUUUCCAUGAAGGAGCUUAACGCACGACCACUAGAAGUCUUCAUGUGCAGUGUGCUGAAGAGACAAGGUUAUGGAGAAGGUUUCCGCUGGCUAGCUCAGUACAUAGACUGAAGCUGACUUUGGGAAGGUUAUCUGUCAAAGGCUGAAAAUCAGCUACCAACAUAAAACAACUUGAACCUAAUAGACAUUUUCUGGGUAUAUGUUUGGUUAUAAAAGUUUGAUGUUUUUCUAGAAGAAUAACAAUAGCAUUGGCUGCGCUAAAAAGAAAAAAAUCAUCUGUAUGUAUGAGGCCUCAAAAGAUAUCUUUAAAAAUUUGUAUGUUUAAAGUUACAAUAUGGUAACACACUCUAAUUUCGGUGGAUAUUUGUUUCCUUACUUUGAUUUACAACAUUAACCAAACCAUCAAUCUGUACAGUUUUGGACAGAGUGUACUUAGACGAACUUAGCAUCUGAAUGCACUUUUUAACAGGAAAGCAACGUACAUGUGAGUGGUAUUUAAUGAUCAUGUAAAAAUUUUUAUGUACUAUUUUUAAAUUGUUCGGUUCAAUAAAUUUAGAACAUGUAACCAUC